AUGUUGUAUGCUAAAUUACAAUCCUAUGUAGGAGAAGAAUUCCUAAUUAAAACACUUCCUACUUAGCUCUCCAACUUUCCUUCCUCAAGAGGAAUCAGAGUGAUGAAAUGUCCAAAUAAUCCAUUGAUAAUUGGAGAAUUGAAACUUUAAGAAGAGCUCUAUCAAUUCUCAAUCAUUCCUCACACAGAGAUAUAGGUUGAAAACUAGAUUGUCACAAAAGAAACUAUUUUGAAUAAUUUUAGCAGAAUAUACAUACCAUGUAAGGAAUGCCGUACCAAACAUUAUUAUACUUUUAUUCUUCCAUUAAGAGAGCCACUAAAAUAUGAAGCAUAACGAGCAGCUUAAACCUAAUUUAAUAGAGUUCAUGACAAGGCGUUAUAUUCAAAAUGGACACAGGAAGAGAAGGAGAUGCUGAAGAAAUUGAUACUAUAAUUUGGUUAUGGGAGGUGGAACAAAAUGCUAUAACUAAAGUUUGCUAACAAGAGUAAAUAAGAGAUUAAAGCUUUUGCUAAUUCCCUUUUAAGAUCAAUCGUCGAACUACUGGUAAAUUAUGAUUUAGGCGCUGGAAUAGUAAAUUUAAUAGAGGAGAAUCCCGAUGAUCCGUAUAUUGAGACUAAUCAAAGUAUAAUUCAAUACAAUAUUAUAGAGGAUUGGGAGUUGCAGAAUCUAAAAUAAAAGUUAAUAUCCAUAAGUAAGAGAAUUCUAAUGUUGGCCAAAAUUAGAGAGUUUAUUAAAAAGUUUAAGGAACACCAAUUGAAAAACUUAGGAAUCAAAGACAAAUCGUAAUGUAAAAUGAAUACUGAUAAAUUAGUAAAAUGGGACUAUCUUUUGGGAUUCAUUCCGAGUAGCUCCUUUUAUUCACAAAGACCUUCUAUUUGGUGGACAAGAAAACAUGAUAGUGAUCUGAUUAGAGGAGUGUAUCAAUAUGGAUAUACGAAUCAUCUAAUAAUUAAGGAGGCUACUGAUCUGUGUUUUAAGGAUUUAUCUACAUCUCAAAAUUAUUAAGAGUUCCCAUUUCCAGAGACAUUGAAUAAGAGAGUGAAGAAACUAGUUUAGAUAAUUUAGAAGUUUGAUGGGUUUUAUGAUUUUGAUAAUUUGGCAUAGAGCGAUGAUGAAGAGGAGAAAUCAUGGUCAAUUGCUGAAAAGCAAGCUUUAUUUAAUUUGUUAUGUGAUUAUGGUGUACCUAUUGGUGUUGAUGGCAGACAAAAUUGGUAAGAACUUAAAGACAAAUUGAUACUGAAGAUCAAUAAGUUUGAUAAAAACUUGAAUCAAUUAGAAAAAAUGGUUUAAACUAUUAGAACAAGAUGUGAAUAGAUGCUUAUGAAACAUAAAGAGAGAGAAUUCUUGGAAAGUGAUUCCAGUGACCUUGAAAUUGAAUAACCACCAUCAUCAAUUGGAGAAAUUAGAGAAGAAUAAGGAGAUGAAUUCUAGAUUUCCUAUUAGGACAGUUAAAAGUUUAGUAAAUAAACAAACAUGUUGCAUUUCAUUAGAAAGAAUAUAUUGCCUUAAAAUUAGGCACUCUAUUAAUAACAUAUCUAAUAAGUUGAAAAGGAAUUGUUCAUUGAUAUUCCUGAAUAUGAUCCAAAGAGUCAUGACAUUCAAAUUAUUACAACACUUUCAUAGACUGGAUUCAAUGGACUUUAGCCUAUCACUCUAAGUAAUAUCAACACCAUUAUGCCUACUGAAUAAAUACUCAAUAGAAUUGAAUAGUUAUGCUCAUUUUUUAAGAAGAUUAGAGAUCAAACUAAUAUAAAAAGAAAACCAGAAUUGAAAGAUGAUUAAUAGAAGAAAAUAAAACCUAAUUCUGCUGGAGGAGUGAAUGAAAUCUAGUUGCCUUAUCAAGUCAGCACAAGUCUCAAAUUAGUGAGUCUUGGUAAAAUCAUUCCUAGCCCUGCCUAUCAUAGUGAACACAACUUAUUCCCAGUAGGAUAUAAAAGUAUUAGAACACAUGCAAGUAUGUUCACUAAAGGCAAGAGAUGCCAAUAUACUUGUGAAAUCUAAGAAGGAAGUGAUGGCAAGCCUUUAUUCAAAGUAACUAGUGAAGAGGAUGUUGAUAAUCCCAUAAUUAAGAAUAGUUGUACUGGUUGUUGGGUACACAUUUACAAUAAAAUCAAUGAACUAUAGGAACACAAGAAAUCUAAGGUUACAAUUAGUGGCACAGAUAGAUUUGGAUUACUAGAAGCCAAUGUGUAAAGGUAUUUGGAAGAAUUACCUAAUGCUGAGAUGUGUUCAAAAUAUAAGUUUAAGUAUAGAAAUGUUGCUUAAGAUUUUUGA